AUGUGCGGCAAGGCCUCGUCAGGAGCCUCGGAGGGUGGCAGCUUAACAGACUCGGGCAAAGGGUUUUUUGAGACUUCAGGGCCAGCAGCAAGUUCUCCUUUGGCCAAGGCCUUAGGAGGUUUCAAAGUAACAGCCUCACCUGUUGUUGGUGGCGCCGGGGUGGAGCUGGACGAGGACGGAUUUUUUGCCCCAGCCAACUCGCAGGCGUCCGCGCCUCGUCCGGCUGCUCCACCCUUUGGUGAGGCGGCUGUAGCAUUGACAGACUUAAGGGCGCUGUCAGGCCUCUUGGUGCGCUCCUGCGUUUUUCCCUGGCUCAGUCGGCUCCUUGCUGGGUUCGUCUGUGCCCCUCUCACCUUCGGUAUUGUGCCGGUGGACUUCUUGGCCUUCGGAUCAGAGAGUUGGGCCUUCUCAGGUCGACACUUCAAAAACCCGUUCAAGGACGUCCAGGCAAAAGUCCCAGGGCAAUUUGUCGAGCCCAGCUCCAAUUUUCGGCAGUCCCAGUUUCUUGAUUCCGAGUGCCUUGCAGACUUCCCGAAGAGAGACGAUGGCAGCCUCGAAGUUUUCACGAGUUGGGCGGGUCCCUCUCGACUUCUCUUUGGUGAUAAUGUAGAGAGCGUACCUGAACGUGCCGUCGUUCUGCUGUACUGGAAGGACGGCAACCUUCCGGCCGACAUUUCAAAAUCUUCGGCAACGCAGUGGCCGAUGGACAUCGAGGGUGGUGAUUCGACGAAAAGGUUCGCCCCAGGCCUGAAGUUCACGCAGGACUUCGGUCAGCGUCCAACAGAUGCGCGCGAGGUCGCCGGAAGGACGACUCACCGCGAGUGGCGGCUUAACAUAAGAGCGGUAAGCCGGCAUUUCGGCAAGUCCAAUUUCACGGCGAGUACGGGGGUAAAAAUCACGCCUUUAGGCCACAAACGGGCUUGGGACGCUCAGCAACCCGACCGCGAAUUCCCAAAAUCCAGUCUCGUUGGGCACCAGGGCACCGCCCAUCAGCUUUGCCGCCGCGCUUUCAAAAUUUUCGCCUCGAUCUCGCUCACCUCAAUCACCAUAAGCUGUUGGAUCGUCGAAUACUGUUACGAAGAAAUGGAAAGGUACCAUACUCAUAAAAGGUUUCACUGCCACCUUAGCAAAUUGAACAAAAAAGUUGAUUCGAAGCGAACAACAAAUUGCAAAGUGACACUGGAUAUUAAAAUCAAGCUGAUUACAAGAGACACCAAAAAAAAGGAUAAAUAUCUCAGACCUGACAAGCAUGGUAUUGUCCGUCAAGCUGUGAUCAAAUUUGAAGGCGUGCACAAUCAUCACAUCUUAAGUGCGGACACACUUCGAUUAAAUCGAGUAGAUCCAUCGACUGCCGCUCUGUUCGACAAAUAUUUUGACGAUGGGAGUACAGCUGCUCAAGCAAGGAAACGUCACGAAGACUUACUUAUCAGCAAUGACGAUUUUGUGAAUCUUGCUGAUGCUAAUAUUAACCCUACCAAAAGAACUGUCUCCUAUUUGUUUGACAAAUGGUCAAAUAAGCAAUUUGGUGUAAAAUCUUUAACACCAAUUGAAAAGACUCAAGAAAAAAUUGCUUCUGGAGAUUACAUUUCAAGAGAUGUUCUUGUUAAGACUUCAAUGGAGGAUGGCGAGUGGUGCAUCCUCAUUGUGACACCCUUGAUGAAAAGGGUGCAAGAACUGCCGCACUCUGGUGAAACACUCUUCCUUGAUUCAACCUCACAUGUUGAUGUGACUCACUGCACCUUUACAUCAAUGUGCUCUGCCACAAAAGCUGGUGCAAUGCCACUCUGCAUUUUGCUGCAAAGCCACCAGACUCAGACUUGCUAUGAGAUGGCCUUUAACUUGUACAAGAGAGAAUGUCCAAAAGGAUUUGGUGGCUCUGAGGCGCCUAGUGUCGUAAUGACAGAUGACAGUUCUGCGGAACGAAAGGCGGUUGAGUCGGUGUGGCCAACAGCACGUAGGUUGCUAUGUGUGUUUCACGUACUCUCGGCGGAGUGGAAGUGGCUCCUUUCCAACUGCAAUAAAAAUGAUAGGCAGAAAUUAAUGAAUCUAUAUUACAAGGCUGUCUAUGCUAACACAUUGGAGGAAUUUGAAAGUGCUUCGGAGAGCAUUUUAGCUCAAAAUGAGGCGCAUCCUAAGUAUGUGAAACGCUUUCAAAAGUUUGCAAAACGAGUGGAAGAGUGGGCUAUCUAUGCACGAGUUGGUGCUAUGAAUAGAGGCAAUGAUACCAACAACUUUGCUGAGACUAGUAUUAAAAUUGCUAAAGAGGCUGUCAUGCAAAGAAUGAAAGCUUAUAACCCUGUGGCUCUGAUCGAGUUUGUUAUCGGACCGAUGGAUGACUAUUACAAGAGACGAUUGCUUGACCAUGCACACAACCGACAUUCGGCACAUUCACUGGUUUUCGACAAGAUGCUUAAGCGAGCUUCGUCCAUUGACCCCAACAAGAUCAUCAAAAUUGACGAAAACCUUUACAGCGUGCCAAGUUCAAUCUCAGCUGAGACGUUUUAUGAAGUCAGAACAGACAGUGGAUUUUGCUCCUGCAAAUCUGGGGAGAGGGGAGCUUUUUGUAAGCAUAUGGCUUUGCUUGUGAAGUAUAAAAAGGCAGCAAUUCCCUCAGCUCCACCACUCCUCAGUUCUGACCGAAAACUUCUAGCCAAAGUGGCCCUUGGCGACAAAACCCUGCCGACUAGCUUCUACUUAGGGCGAACUGAGGUUGCGUCACCUACUAGCUCUCCACAAAAAGGAAAUCAAUGCAAUAGCCAUGACGAAGCAUCUGGUGACAAUGAAGAUGAGUUUUUUUACAAUAAUGAGAUGGAAGUUGCUACAGAGACAGAUGAAAAUGUCUUUGAUGAAGCCGACAGGGCCGAAAAGAGGAAGCAGCUGGAGAACGAUUUCAGCGACUUCCUCGACUUAGCUUUGGUUAAUAUUUCACCUGAACUUGUUGAAAAGAUGGGAAAGGCACUCCGAAAGCCAAAAACUACUCCAGCUGCUCAAGCUGCUUUGGUGGCUUUUUACAGAGCUGUCAACUCUGUGCUGUCCAAGAAGGGUCGCACUGGUGUUAAUCCAUCUGGUCGAGCAAGGCGUCGAGUAGGAGUAUCCAAGGGAGCAGCUCAAAUCGCAAGUGGUCGACCUCCGAAGUCUCAGUCGGAUAACAAUGGUCCUAAAAAAAGAAAAAGAGAUCUCAGUCAGGCUGUCAAGGACAACUGUGCUAAUGCAAAAUCGCAUUAAAUAGUCAUAUGCAUCACUUGAUGUUAUUCCUAUGUGCUCAUUUCCUGAUUAUCAAUAAGAUAAAUAUGAAGUAUAAAUAAAAAAAAUAAAAUUUGACGAGUAUUUUUCUUUUAUUUUAAUGUGCUCCUUUUGUAUUA